GUUUUAAAAUGGCUGCCGUCAACCCAGUCGUGUUUUUUGAUAUAUCUAUUGGGGACAGGAUGUUGGAAGAAUGAAAAUGGAGCUGUUUGCCGAUGUUGUGCCAAAGACUGCCGAAAAUUUCAGGCAAUUUUGCACCGGAGAAUACAAAAAAGAUGGUGCUCCUAUUGGUUUUAAAAAUGCCACAUUUCACAGGGUCAUCAAGGACUUCAUGGUGCAAGGUGGAGAUUUUAUUAAAGGUGAUGGUACUGGAGUGUCUAGUAUUUAUGGUGGUGUUGCAUUUUCUGAUGAGAACUUCAAAGUAAAACAUGAAAAGGCUGGUUUACUCUCAAUGGCGAAUAGCGGACCUCACACUAAUGGCUGUCAGUUUUUUAUAACCUGUGCAAAAUGUGAUUUUUUGGAUGGCAAACAUGUUGUUUUUGGAAAAAUCGUUGAUGGGCUGCUUGUAAUGAGAAAAAUUGAGAAUGUACCAGUUGGACCAAACAACAGACCCAAACUACCAGUGGUCAUAUCUCAAUGUGGUGAAAUGUAGCAUCCUUGGUAAAGGAACCUUGAUUUAUGCAUGUUGUAAAGACGAAUAAACCCAGCUCAAAUUUAAUCUCAAGAACAAAGUGGUCUAUCGUUAUUGCAUGAUACCUGUAUUUGCCUGGGGUAUGAACGCCGUUUUCAACUUGGAGUAUUGCUGUUUGUCGUCGAAAUUUUCCGCACCAGACCUGGCGAAAAGUCAGCAAAAAAUUUGUAAAUUUGAAUUCAUCAAUGAUUGUUGCAUUCUGGACAGUUCCUGAUAUUAAAGUUUUAACAACUGUUGCAAGAGGGACAAAUAAAAAGUUUAGAAGCUACCAUUAAAUCACCCGUGGGUGUUGGAAAUUGUUAAUGUAUGAAAGCUCCUUCUACUGUAGGAAAAGUCACCUGUAUCAGCUACCAUUAAAGCACUCGUGGAUGAUGGAAAAUGUGAUGGUUUUAUACUUCUAUUAACGUCACGAAUAGAAGCUACCAAUAAAUCACUCGUGGAUGUUGGAAAUGUGAUGGUUUUAAAGUUCCACGAACUGUAGUCACGAACAGAAGCUAACAAUAAAUUACUCGUGGAUGUUGGAAAAUGUGAUGGUUUUAAAGUUCUAGGAACUAUAGUCACGAAUAGAAGCUAACGAUAAUUUACUCGUGGGUGUUGGAAAAUGUGAUGGUUUUAAAGUUCUAGCAACUGUUGUCACAAAUAGAAGCUAUCAAUAAAUUACUGGUGGAUGUUGGAAAAGGUGAUGGUUUUAAAGUUCUAGGAACUAUAGUCACAAAUAGAAGCUAUCAAUAAAUUACUGGUGGAUGUUAGAACGUGUUAUGGCCUGAAAAUUUUAACAUUUGCAAAAGUCAAGAAGCAACCAUUUAAUCACUCCCGAUUAAAGGAAACGUUCUGGCAAAAAAAUUCUUGCACAAGUAGCUUUCUAAAUACACCGGACAACAAGGCAAUGUAACCAAGCUAUUUGCUCUUACCUGUCCAUAUCCAAUGAAAAACAAUUGAUCGUUGGUUACAUUUAUUCCUGGUAGCACUGGCAGUUUGUUUUUGUGCAAUUGAUAAGCCUGAAUGGAAAAGAUGAAUUUUAAGUGAACGAAGUGCAUAUUUAUUAUUACAUAUGUGACAAAGAAAAUGACUAAAUUAUCGUCAGGAUCAUAAUGACACGUGAGGCUGACAAAUCUAAUUUAUGGUUUAUUUGUCUAAAGAUUUGCUAUUUUUUGUGUCAGCGAUGCUAUUAACAGAAAGGGAA